AUGGACGAAGUACACUUGCUCGGCAUACUGAAGCUAGCCACCUGGCAUGGCUUUUUGGGUACACAAAGAAAUAAAGGAGGCCACAGUCGCAACUUUACGGCGGACGGCAUUGACUGCAACAUCCAGCUAAUCGAGCCCGGCCGUCGUCCGACAGUGGAAUCUCUUACCCAAAUCGUCAACCGUCUCGCUAUGAGUAUAGAAGAGAUCCGUGCCAAGGUAUCACAUAUUCACGACGAUAUUCACAUGCUGAAGAGCGCUUCGCUCCAACGUCACCCUGUGCAUUCUGCCCUCAUGAGAACAUGGGCAGGCACCAAUCCGCCGACUGCUACAAUUACCCUGAACCGUUCAUUCGUAACGUACGAGCCGUCGAUCUGCACCUAUGCGGAAGAUGCUUGCGUCCUGUCCACGGGUGAAGUUGCCAUGUCAAGUGCGCUCCUUGCCGUGGCGAACACAACGUCCUCCUAUGCGGCCAGAGCGAACCAUAAAAGCAACGACGUUUGUAAUCAUCUAUGGCUGCUACUCUAUUCUACUCCUUAUUCUACCCACUACACUCGCCCGUCAUCAUCACUUCCCCCGGCUGAUAUUCGCCUGCUGACAUUCGACCUUCGCGCCUCGAUCGACAUAUUCAUUUCUGCCGCAGUGCCGCUCUCGUCGACCUUUAAUCUGAGCGGCACCAAUCCCUACUGCACGUCAUCUUACUCACUUCCCCUGCGGAAUGGUAUGGCUAGCAGUGCUGGUGGAGUUGCGGUUAUUGAUGGUUUCAAUGGCACCUUCGAUCGAGCCCUAUGCAGUGCGCCGAAGUCGACUGGAAGAUAUGUUUGA